GGCCGAGGAAGCGACGACCAAGAUGGAGAAGAAGCCCAAGGGAAAGGCAAAGGCGAAGAAGGCCGACUCGUCCGAGGACGACUACUCGGGCGCGUCGUCGGGGGACGAAGCUCCGGCCCGGGGCGGCCUCACGGUCGAGCAGAUCUACCAGAAGAAGACACAGCUCGAGCACAUCCUCUUGCGUCCGGACACGUAUGUCGGGUCCAUCGAGCCCGUGACGCAGAACAUGUGGGUCUUUGACUCGGAAGAGAAGAAAAUGGUCAACAAGAAGAUCACGAUCUGCCCGGGUCUCUACAAGAUCUUUGACGAGAUCAUCGUGAACGCGUGCGACAACAAGCAGCGCGACAAGUCGAUGGACGCGUUGAAGGUCACGUUCAACCAGGAGACGGGCGCGAUCAGCGUCUGGAACAACGGCAAGGGGAUCCCCGUCGUCAUGCACAAGGAGCACAACGUCUACGUCCCGGAGCUCAUCUUUGGCCACUUGCUCACGGGCAGCAACUUUGACGACAACAAGAAGAAGACGACGGGCGGCCGGAACGGGUACGGCGCCAAGCUCGCCAAUAUCUUCUCGACCGAGUUUGUGGUCGAGACAGCCAGCAAAGAGGACGGGAAGCGCUACCGCCAAGUGUUUCAGAACAACAUGAGCAUCAAGGGCGCGCCGACGAUCACGUCGUGGUCCAAGAAGGACUUUACGUGCAUUACGUUCACGCCCGACUUUGCGCGCUUCCAAAUGACGGGCCUCGACGACGACAUCAUCUCACUCUUCAAGAAGCGCGUGUACGACAUUGCGGGCGUCACGGACAAGAGCUUGAGCGUGCAUUUGAACGAGGAGAAGAUCGACGUCAAGACGUUCCCGCAGUAUAUUGGCAUGUACGAUCCGGUCGAAGUCGUCUUUGACAAAGCCGACGAGCGCUGGCAAGUGGGCGUCGGUGUCAGCGACGACGGUUUCCAGCAAGUGAGUUUUGUCAACGGCAUUUGUACGACCAAGGGCGGCCAACACGUCAACUACAUCGCCGACCAAAUCGCUACGAAGCUCAGUGCCACGAUCAAGAAGAAAAACAAGGGCGAGGCCGUCAAGCCUGCGCUCAUCAAGAACAACAUGUGCAUCUACGUCAGCGCGCUCAUCGACAACCCGGCAUUCGACUCGCAGACCAAAGAGACGCUGACAACGCGCGCGAAUGCUUUUGGGUCGACAUUUACGCUCAGCGACAAGUUUCUCAAGCAAGUCGAGAAGACGUCGCUUGUCGAGCGCAUUCUGCAGCUCCAGCGCGCGGCCGGCGGCAGCAAGAAGAAGCGCCUCACAGGCAUCACGAAGCUCGACGAUGCCAACUUUGCCGGCGGCGCCAAGGGCCCUUUGUGCACUUUGAUCUUGACAGAAGGGGACUCGGCCAAGGCGCUCGCGAUGAGUGGUCUCUCCGUGGUCGGCCGCGACUACUACGGCGUCUUCCCGCUCCGCGGUAAACUGCUUAACGUUCGCGAAGCCGCGCACUCGGUCAUCAAGAAGAACGAGGAGGUCUCAAGCAUCAUCAAAAUCUUGGGCCUCGACUACGACAAGCAGUACGAGUCGACCAAGAACCUCCGCUACGGCCGCCUCAUGAUCAUGGCUGAUCAAGAUCACGAUGGCAGCCACAUUAAGGGGCUUGUGAUCAACUUUAUCCACAACUACUGGCCAUCGCUUAUGGGCAUUGAAGACUUUGUGCAAGAGUUCAUUACGCCCAUCAUCAAGGCGACCAAGGGCAACCGCGUUGAGGCCUUUUACACGAUGCCAGAGUACGAAAACUGGCGCGAGCGCACCAACAAUGGUCGUGGCUGGGACAUCAAGUACUAUAAGGGUCUCGGAACGAGCACGGCCAAGGAGGCCAAGGAGUACUUCUCGGACCUGAACAAGCACCGGAUUGCGUUCAAGUACGACGGCCCGGCGGACGACGAUGCAAUUGAAAUGGCGUUCUCCAAGAAGCGCAUUGAGGACCGCAAGGAGUGGUUGCGAGCCUUUGUGCCGGGGACGCACAUCGACUACGACGUGCAAAACAUGGGCUACGCCGACUUCGUCAACAAGGAACUCAUCCUGUUCUCGAUGGCCGACAACAUCCGGUCGAUUCCGUCGGUGGUCGACGGCUUCAAGCCCUCGCAGCGCAAGAUCCUCUUUUCGUGCUUUAAGCGCAACCUCAAGAAAGAAAUCAAGGUCGCGCAGUUGGCCGGGUACGUCUCGGAGCAUUCGGCGUACCACCACGGCGAAGCGAGCUUGCACGGCACGAUCAUCAAUAUGGCCCAAGACUUUGUCGGGAGCAACAACCUCCACUUGCUCUCGCCGAACGGUCAGUUUGGUACGCGCCUGAAGGGCGGCAAGGACGCAGCCAGUGCUCGUUACGUCUUUACUAAGUUGGAGACGCUCACGCGCUUGGUUUUCCACCCGCUCGACGACAGCGUGCUCAACUACUUGGAAGAAGAAGGCCUCUCGAUCGAGCCCGAGUGGUACAUGCCGAUUAUCCCCAUGGCGCUCGUCAACGGCAGUGACGGUAUCGGGACGGGCUGGUCGUGCAGCAUCCCCAACUACAACCCCGCCGACAUCAUUGCCAACAUCCGUCGCCGCCUACAAGCCGAGCCGAUGGAGCCGAUGCAGCCGUGGUACCGCGGUUUCACGGGGCCCAUCGUUCAGAAGGGCACGAGUGACAACUUUUUGGUCCAAGGUCGCUACGAGGUCGUGAACGAGUCGACGCUCGUCAUUAGCGAGCUGCCCGUCAAGACGUGGACGCAGUCCUACAAGAAGAAUCUAGAGAAGCAGCUUGAGGCCAGCAAGAUCAAGGACUUUAAGGAGAACCACACCGACACGACGGUGCUCUUUACAAUCACGAUGGAGCCCGCCGCUCUGGCUGCGCUUCAGCAAGACCCGAACGGCAUUCUUAAGGAGUUCAAGCUCGAGACGUCAAUCGCCACAUCAAACAUGCACAUGUUUGACGCGGCGGGCCAAAUUAAGCACUACAAGUCGCCGCUCGAGAUCAUCGAGGAGUUUUACAUGCUCCGCAUCGACUUUUACGGUCGCCGCAAGGUCGCAAUCCUCAAGAAGCUCGACGUCGAGAUCAUGGCCCUCUCCAACAAAGUCCGCUUCAUCACGGCCGUCAUUGAUGGCAGCCUCAUCGUCAACAACCGCAAGAAGAAGGAGCUUCUCGAGGAGCUCCGUCACUUGAAGUACGACCCGAUGCCUAAGAAGAAGGCCAUUAAGGCAGCGGGAAACCCCGACCAAGACGACGACGAGGAGGAAGAUGACGCUGGUCAAGGGGAUGUCUCGGCGGGCGACUAUGAUUACUUGCUCUCAAUGGCGCUUUGGAGCUUGACCGCGGAGCGUGUUGAGAACCUGCGCAACGACCUCUACUCCAAGGAAGCCGAACGCAACACGAUCUUUGCGACGCCACUCGAGUCCAUGUGGCUUGCGGAUCUAGACGCGCUCGAAGCUGGCCUUGCGGGUCACGAGACGGCUCGCCUCGCUCAAGAAGCGGCUGCGCUCAAGCAAGCCAAGAAGGGCGGGGCCACGGUCAAGCGCGCACCGGCAAAGAAGGCGAAGCGCAAGGCCGACGAUUCGGACGCCGACGAUUCGGGGUCGGACUUUGAAGUGAAGGUGGCCAAGGCAAAGGCGCCACCAAAAAAGAAGGCGGCCACUGCCGCCGGCGACAAGCCCGUCGCCAAGGCGGACAAGCCGGUGAAACCCAAGGCCGAGCCCAAGCCCAAGGCGCCGCCCAAGACCAAAGCGGAACCAAAAGCCAAAGCGGAGUCGAAAGCCAAAGCCAUGACGCAGACCACACUUGCCGGCUUUGGCGUGACAGACUCCAAGCCGGUGAAGGAGGAAAAACCGGUCAAGGCCAAGGCAGUCAAGCCGGCGGCGCCCAAGGCCAAGUUGCUGGACAAGAAGCGGAAGAAGGAAGAGUCCAGCGACGAUGACGGUGAAGUGCUUUCGCUCUUUGAGCGUCUGCAGCGGCGAAAGGAUGCCGAAGCUGCGAAGGCUGCUGCGCCGGCAUCAACGACGGCUACGGCGGCGAGUGACGACGACAGCGACGACGAUGUAGCCAUCGUUGCCAAGCCUGCGGCAACAAAGCCGAAAGCUGCUGCCAAGCCCCGAGCUCCUGCGGCCAAGAAGGCAGCCGCGCCUAAGGCCAAGGCAGCCAAACCGGCGGCUAAAAAGUCAAAGAGUGUGCUCGACGACUCGAGCGACGAAGACGGUGACAGCGAAGAUGAUGUCGAGAUGACACCCGUUGCCCCCCGCGCGCGACCGGGCCGCGCCGCGGUCAAGCCCGUCGUCUACAACGUGUCGUCGGCCGAGGACAAUGACAACGACGACGAUGACGCCGCGAGCGACUUUGACAUGGCCGGCGAUGACUCGGACUAA